ACCAGUGCUUUGUUAUCUUUUUCUUUGGUUGAAUGGCUGCUCUCAAUUUCUUGUGUUGCCAUGCUGCUGCUCUCAACAAGACUCACCUCCACUGUGGUAAGAAUGAUAAAAGUGUGGUGAGGAAGAAAGUUGAAGAAUUAUUAUUAGUAACAAAGAAGAAGAAGGCGGCGGCUCCAACUUUGCCACAUAUUUCUCUUCAGAAUGGCAACUGGGUCAAGCUUAUUUGCGGUGCUAGCUUCGAGGAUCUGGUGGAUGUUAGGAAUCUUUCUCUUGUUUACACUCUGGCCGGAGUUGAUUGUAUUGAUUGUGCCGCUGAUGGGGCGGUGGUGAAUGCGGCGAAUGAAGGGAUUGAUGUGGCGAGAGCUAUAUUGCCUAUCCGAAGGCCUUGGGUUAUGAUAAGUGUCAAUGAUGAUGAGGAUCUUCACUUUCGCAAAGCCGAAUUUGAUCCAGAUGAUUGCCCAAUAGACUGCUCAAGACCAUGUGAAAAGAUAUGUCCUGCUAAUGCAAUAUCUCUACAGGGUGAACUUGGCUCAUUUCAGCCAGGAGUAAUAACUGAGCGUUGCUAUGGCUGUGGACGUUGUUUACAAGUUUGUCCAUACGAUAAAAUAAAAGCAACAUCUUAUGCAAGAGAUGCUGCUGCAACAUCUAUACUUCUUGAAAGAGAUGAUGUCGAUGCGCUUGAGAUACAUACCAACGGAAGGCAAACUGAUUCAUUCGAAGAGCUUUGGAAUGGAUUGAGAGAAUCUGUCAAACAUCUAAGGCUUUUGGCAGUUAGUUUACCUUACAUUGGUGAUUCUACUGUCUCCCUGAUGAACAAAAUGCACUCUAUUUUGGAAUGUGAUAUCAGUUGCUGGAAUCUAUGGCAGCUAGAUGGUCGGCCGAUGAGUGGAGACAUUGGCCGAGGUGCCACUCGUGAAUCCAUUGCUUUUGCCCUUCGUUUGGCUUCUGCUGAUGACAAACCUCCCGGGUUUCUUCAACUUGCGGGAGGUACUAACGCUCACACAGUGGAGGGGUUAAGAAAAGAAAACCUCUUCCAGACGAGAAGUAUAUGUGAAAACUUGGAAAGUUCGUUGGUGUCCAGUUCAAAUGCUUUAAUCGGGGGAAUUGCUUAUGGUGGUUAUGCCCGCAAGAUUGUCGGAAGGGUUUUGAGUCGAAUGGAAUCAGAGACCGGGCUUGUUCACAUAGAAUCUAGUCCAGAACAUCUGUUAAUGGCAAUUACUGAAGCCCUUAACUUAGUAGGAGGGGUCAAGUCGUACACCACGAGUCCAUGACCCAUGUACCAUGUUUAAUUUAAAUUUAAAUAAACACUACAUAAAUUCAGUAAUAACCUAUGAGACUGCUUAGAGUAUCAUCUUUAAAGGUAGGUGAACAUGCAAGAUGAAAGGAAAGUGAAGGUGAAUGGGCCUAGGUGAGUCCAUCCAUCCAAGGUGAAUGGGUUCUUGUGGGUCCGGUUUCUUUUUGAUAUUAAAGCUUUUGUAUUUUUGAAUAA